CGAUUCAUUUCAGCAGCCUAAUUGCAAAGUGUGGUUCCGAGGAGAUGGUCCCCUUCCCAUCAGAACUGCGCGACCUCAUCAUCGACUGCCUCCGCAACGACACUGCGGCGUUACGCACAUGCGGUCUGACCAGCAAGGCAUGGCUUCCCAGAGUCCGCCACCACCUGUUUCGCUUCGUUGAAGUGCACCCCGGACGUCGCGGAGAUGCAUUCAAAGUUCUCUUGCAGGACAGCCCGGACAUCGGAAGAUACAUCCGAGAAUUAGAGAUCUCUGGUGUGGGAGACGAGACCGUCGUGCCAGAAGUCUCAGGCAGAUGGCCAACUCUUGUCCAGAGAGCUGCACCAGCAACACGCAAAGAACACGUUCACCGUGCCGAUGUCUGGCUGGAGCACAUACUACCCGCGUCGCCCACCGUCCUGUCCAGAGUCAUCUCCCUGCGACUGUUCUCCCUACCAAUCACACCACACUUCGCAGCUCUACUCGGUGCCCAUUUUGGCGAAGUCACCGCUGUCAAUCUGGACGCAUGCCGCUCCGAGACGUUUGGCGAUCUCCUUACCCUGCCUCGUGCGCUCACCAAGGUUGGACACCUCCGCAUGGAUGGCGUUAAAUGGUUCCGUCCGCUCUAUCAUAAGCCGGAAGGGAACAUCGUCCUGCGACCAUGCUCACUGAAGUCUCUUGUCCUCACUGGGAAAAUUGACGCUACCACCGUCAUCAGCUGGCUGGUGGAUCAGGAACGAUACACAUCAUUGACCUCACUGUCGUGUUACUUGUCUAGCGACGCGAGUGCGAUCGCUGUGCAGAAGCUGCUUGAGGCGGCCGGACCGACGCUCCAUCAGCUCACCAUAGGCUUCUCCGAAGUACGAGACCCAUCGGUUGUUCUUAAGAAUGCGGAGCUCAGUUUGCAGCCGUUGACCAGUCUACGGAAGCUGCAUGUGCAAUGCGUCAAUGCUACGCGCUUCUGGGCGAUACCUUCGUUAUCGUGGAUCCUCAUUUUAAUUUCCAAAGCAAAUUCACGGUAUCUCACCGAGCUGACAUUUUCGAUAUCAGCUGCUGAUCUCAAGGAUAAGCUGAACCUUGAGGGCUUAUCUGUUAUCCUCUCUAAUCGACGCUACUCAGCUCUGCGCGAUCUCAUCUUUGAGGUCGAAGGUCAUGGAGAUCAAUGGGACGACAUUCGAGUGCGAUUAAACAUGCGACUAUCCGUACUUGAUACGAAAGGAAUUCAGAUACAUCUAUAUCCGUUCGGAGAGCAUGCUUAGAUCGAUGCUAUGCAUAGUCCUCAUGUACAUACUACUCUCACAGCCUAAAUGUAUCACGUGGACGUUGUUCGUAGCAACAUCUCAGGUUGACCCUCUUUUACGCUUUCUAGUCUCUUCCCUGGUAUCAGCGGUGUCGUCUCCUGAAGCUCCAGUAAAAUCAAUGGUAUCCUCAAACAGUGCAUCGUCGUUCGCUUCUUCAAACGGACCUAGUAUCCCUGAAGCUGCCAUGUCUACCUGCCCUAUUCGCUGGAAUCGCAUACUGCCGAUGUGCAGGGCAUCUAACAAUGCCUGGUUCUGCGCCACCAAAAGAGCAGACGGACUGCGCAUCGGCACAUCUGACGGCCAGCCGACCAGCUCGACGCCAUAGGUGCUCAAAUUGGAGUGGUUCGACCACUUCAUUUCGGCGUUGCGCACACCUGAGGCAGCCCUACCAGCCGAACAUAAGGUAUGCACAUCAUUGGGAUAUACAUAGAGGAGCUGCGUACCUUACAGCACUUCGCACAGCGUGGUACACUUCUGCCUUCACCGCGCUUGCGGGCGACUUCUUCAAGGCCGCACCACCCGCCGGCUGUAUGCUAGGUAUUGGCUGUGCAGCAGACCCCCGUACGGAUGUUGACGGUUGUGGUAAGGCCGCGAGUUCCGUUCUCAGAGUCGUAGCAUUCUGGAAAAACUGUUUGAACGCUCUUGCGCCAGGCUCGCCACACCCGCGAUAUCCUCGCCAGAAUUCUCGGCCGAGGAGUGUUCCACCAAGGAACCCCUGGUCGGACAAAUCUUCAGGGUCGACGGCAAGAUAAAAAGAUUGCAGACCACAGAUAUUCUGUAAAGAUUCGAGCUGAAGAGAGACUGAUUUGAGAAUCUCUGUUCCUGUAAGAAUAGCGAG